AUGAACGAGGGCAGAACGUCUCCCAAGAGACGACACAUUCUUUCUUCCAUAAAUCCUGAAGACCCAGCGAACCCGCCACCCAGGUAUCGAGCUACGAACCGUCGCUCACGAAGCGCAACCCCACCACCGCGGUCGCCACCAGAAAAGCCAUCAGUAGACAGCCAGGCAAACGAGCCCGAAGAUGGCGACACGACACGACCGAGGCGCAGCCGGCUAAAGCUCAAAGGCGACAGGUCUAGCCGUAUCCAUCAAAGUCACCGCAGCAGCCGGCGACACCGCUCGCGAGGAGCCCAUGCAGACGAUGGCCGAGAAGAGUCACGUCGACACCGCCACCGUUCGCGAGAUGCUUCCGAACAUCACGACCAUCACGAUGAACCCUCGCACCGACGUCGUCAUCGCCACCGAAAUCGACGUCGCAGCCGCUCACCCACACCACCAAACCCGCACGAGCCGGAGCCGCUAGACCCGGAAGCCGCCUUCCGCGAGUCGCUGUUCGACGCGAUGGCGGACGAUGAGGGCGCGGCCUACUGGGAGGGCGUGUACGGGCAGCCGGUGCACAUCUACGAGCAGGACAAGGUCGGCCCGCAGGGCGAGCUCGAGCGCAUGACGGACGAGGAGUACGCGGCGCACGUCCGCCAGAAGAUGUGGGAGAAGACGCACGCCGGGCUGCUGGAGGAGCGCGCGCGCCGCGAGGAGCGCCGCCGUCGCAAGGAGGAGGAGGCCCGCCGCGGCCGGCACGGCACGCCGGCGCGCGUGGCGUGGCCGUGGGAGGGCGGCAAGGCGAAGCGCGCCGCGGGCUGGGGAAUCGUGGAAGACGGCGCCGAGGAGGAAGUCGACGAGGGCGAGGUGCGCGCGUUCUUUGUUCAGGGGCUCGCGGCCGAGGAGAUUGGCGAGGUGGCGUUUGCGACGAAGCUCAAGGACGAGCGCGUGCGGUGGCACCCGGACAAGAUGCAGCAGCGGCUGGGCGGCGCGGUGGACGACAAGGUGAUGAGGGACGUGACGGCGAUUUUCCAAAUCAUUGAUAGACUAUGGGGGGAGAUGCGGAAUAAGGAAUCGACUUGA